UUUAAGGUUUCAUGCUGCAGCAUAACAAUUGGCAGCUGGCUCUGGCUGCAGACAGAGUUUUUCCACUCACCUUCUUUACCAUUCCAGGAACCUUUUGUUUUAACUUGUAUUCACUUCGCUUUUUUGUUAGUAGGAGAAAGGAAGAAAGGGAGGUGGUUGUUUGGUGGAAAGGGAGGAAAAAUGACAGAUAUAUAUGAUGCCAUGUGUCCUUUGUGAGGCUUCGCAUCCUCAUUCACACACGAGGCGGACCUCGUAUCCCAGACUGCACUGGUGCACCUGUGACUGGUUAGGCAGAGCCCAUAAUUCUCAGAUUCCAUGCCUUAAAAACUCAUGUCGAUGCCAUCGUCUUUGUAUACUACAGUUUGGGCAGCUGCCUUCUGUCAUUCCGGGACCACAGUCAUCUGAAGAAGCAGAAGCCUUCCCACCCCUUUCCCUCGCUCUCUCUUUCUCUCACUCUCUUUAUCUCCCCCUCCCUCUCCCUUUCUCCCUCGUCCUCCUCCCUCUCUCCAGAGACAUCUGGCUUUUGAGCAACCACAGUCUUUUUACCUGCUGACCUUCUAUCCCACACGCAGAGGGAGAGAGAGAGAGAGAGGAGAGAAAGUUAUGUUUCCCCUCCGUGUCCCCAUCUUUGCCGUGCUGGUCAGCCUGACCGUGGGUCAGUACGAUGACUACGACUACCAGCCGGCCUCCCAGUACGGCCCGUCCAGCGCCAACUGUGCCCAGGAAUGCGAGUGCCCCAUCAACUUCCCCACUGCCAUGUACUGUGACUCCCGCAACCUUAAGUUUGUGCCCAUUGUGCCCUCAGGCAUCAAGUACCUGUACCUGCAGAACAACCUGAUCGAGGAGAUCAAGGCUGGGGUCUUCGACAACGUCACGGCUGAACUCCGUUGGCUGGUCCUGGACCAUAACCAGAUCACCAAUGAGAAGGUGGCCAAGGGAACCAUCGACAAGCUGACCGGACUUCAUAAGAUCUUGUUCAGCUUCAACAAACUGACGGAAGCUGUGAUCCCUCCCUCCAUGUCUUUGGACGAGCUGAAGAUGAUGAACAACCAGCUGUCCAAGUUCCCCGCAGGGAGUCUGGCCGGCAUGCAGAACCUGACCUCGGUCCACCUCCAGAACAACGAGUUGACCUCUAAAGCUCUUAAUGGGGUCUUCAAGGGCCUCAACAAGCUGGUGGCCAUAGACUUGACCAACAACAAGCUGAAGAAGCUGCCCUCAGGCAUGCCUAGUUCGCUGGAGACCUUCUAUGGCGAUCACAAUGGCAUCAGCAGCAUCGCCGCCGGGGACCUCAAAGAGCUGCCCAAGCUGGCGUACCUGAGGUUGGCCUACAAUCAGAUGACGGAUGCAGGGAUUCCGGCGGGCGUGUUCAAUGUGACGAGCCUGAUCGAGCUGGAUCUGUCCUACAACAAGCUGCAGUCCAUCCCUGAGAUCAACGAACAGCUGGAGCAUCUCUAUCUGCAGGCCAACGAAAUCAACAAGUUCAACCUGGAGAAUAUUUGCAAGUUCUCUGGCCCCCUGAACUACUCCAGACUGAAGCACCUGCGUCUGGAUGGGAACAACAUCACACAUGCCGACCUACCCCAUGACUCCUCCAACUGCCUGCGCCAAGCCUCUGACAUCAUCUUCGACUAAGGACCCUCCCCUCAUCCGCAAGACUCCCUCUGUGACCCUCCCCCGGCACCACGACCUACCCUAAACUAAUCCUUCAAACCCCAAUAGACACAAUGUGGCUAUAUUCCAAUAUCUACAAUAGCAUACUACUCAGAAUAUAUGGCCAAUAUGUUUCUUUAUUCUAAGUGAAAUGCUAGUGUGGAUAAUGAACCCGAGCGACAGUGUUUGCAACAACCCUAAAUAUGUAUCCUCCCCCUACCGGCGAAAUCGAGGUCACCUCUGUCAACUCAUCGGUAGUCCUUUCUGUAAACACAGACUAUGAAAUAACAAACCAGCAAAGGUUAGAGACUCCGGAGAGACCUUUAUUUUGCAGUGCAUCAUGGUAUUCUCAUGACAACCAUAGGGUAUUUUGGCCGUAGCAAAUGGCUGGCCCUGUACUAAUAGUUUUACCCAAAUUUGCGGCAAAUCGGCCACAAUAUAAUGUAACGGUGCCUCGUAAAAAGCACUUGAACUGUACUUGUAUGUACUUGUUUCAAACAACAGGUGCCUUUUCUUGUGCAAAAGAGACAAUAUAGGAACAUAGUGUUUCCUGAAUGAAGUGCUUUUAAUGAAAAUGCAGCUCACACACUUCAAACAUUCCAAAAGUAGUGGCACAUGUUGUUUUCAGACAAGUACAUUGAGGAAUAUGGGACUAAAUCUCACUUGCAAAUAAAUGCAUUGCCCAUUCCUCUUUUGUAUGUUUGUCAUGCUGUUUUUUAAAGGUUUCUUGUAUUUAGUCUGUACACUCCCAGAAUUAUAUUGCUGUGCAAAAGACCUGCAGGUAAGGAAUAAAAGUAUCUAAGAGAGCUGUGUUGUGUACUCUGGUGUAAUGUCUACUGGGGAAAUAUUGAACAGUGGAACACUUUUGGAACCAAAUUCAAACUCAUGUGUCAUAUGUCAAAAGCUUUGGCAUAUUAUCCAUCUUUCUGUAUGAAUGUUGGGGGGAAAGUUAUUAAUCAUCCUUAUCGACAAGAUUAAAAGGCUCGACACUGAAUAGCUCUGCUGAAGUAAUUUACUGUUUUUGAAUGAGUUAUUAUGCAGUUAAAUAAGAGUCAAUCGCCCAUUCAUUGCAGAUCACCGUUGUUAUGCCGACAUUUAUACAACUUUUGCAUUGCUUGCAUGCAUCUCAUGGUAACUCUGUAUGAUAAUAAAAGCUAGCAUUUUACGUUUUUAUCCAUUCAUGGUUACCUUGUUUGCCAUGUUUAAUGUGUGCUUUUGCCCGUAUAGCUUUAUCAGAAUAGCAACAAUUUGUUGUGACGCUAACUUUAUCUUGCUCUGUUGUGGCAACGUUGGUGGAAUGUCGUGCUAUUUGGGCAGAGUAUAUCCAGAUUUAUUUUCAUUAUGGCUUUUGACUCAGUAAUCGCUGGUGAAUUUACUGUGAGGACAUAACAUACAUUUGAAUAAACUACAUUUCCAAUA